UAAAAAAGCAAGCAUGCUGUCAAAAUUUCAGCUGUCUUGACUUUCUGUGAUGCUUUUUUUCAUAUAACUUAUCAAUAAGUAACAACAUGAUCAUUUGUGCAAUUUGGUGUAAAUAAGCAUUGGCAAAUUUUUCAAAGACUACAAAUUCCACUUGAUGUAUGGGCUCAUGCAAUGAAAAAUUGACUUCUGCUUAUUAUCAUCAAAUUACACUCAAAAUCAUGUUAUCAUGAAUAAAAAUUCAGUGCUCAGGUAAACAAGCAAUUUAUACCCUUUAGGCAGACACAAAAAUAAAUGAAUUAUUUAACCAGGCCAAAAGGUAAUGACAAUCACAACCUCAAUCCACGCAAUAGAAAUCAAAGAAAAACAGAUUAAGGGAUAAUCCCCUAGAUCACUCCAUAUCCUUGUUAACCCUUAGUGCAAUUUUUCACAUAAUUUCCUCAUUAUACCCAAACAAUCAUGUUGUAAGUAGCAUAAAUGGAAAUAUGGUACUUGUAAAACCUGCGUUUUAAAGAUGGAGAUACCCAAAUCCCUAGAGAUGUGAGAAAUUCUUCCAGUGUAUAGCUUUGUUGUUGUCGGAAUCCCAUAACUUAAUGUUUUGAGUAACUCUCGUAUCAUAAAGUUAAUCCACGUCAGAAUUUAUUUAGUUUUUCUCAUUUCAAGUGCCCUUUGCAGUCAAAUAUGGUCAUAAUUAGACUAGUUAAACUAAAAUGAAAGAUCACAUCAACAGAAAACCUCAUGAUCUCAAAUACUAAACUGAGCACUUCAAGUUUCUCUGUUGCACUUCCGGUUUCUUGCGAAGUUCUAUUUGUGACGAUAAGUUAAGACUUCAUCUUGCUCUGAUCUCGUUCGUUUCAACCCUUCCAGCCUCUGGCUGACUUUCUGAUAGGAUGUAGUUAUCCUUUACUUACUAACGUGCUGUAUUUCGGUUUCGUUCAAUUGAAAACUAAAAUCGACAUUUCGGCUUUACUUCGGUCCCUUCAAGACGACCUCUAUUUAUUUGAAAAAAAAAAUUGAGAGAAAAAUGAUUCAAAGAGCUUUAAGGCAACCACCAUAAUGAUCUAGAUCCUAGGAAAAAGUAUAAAUUUUUAUUUAGUUCAGGAAUUGGCAGCGGAUGCCCGGAAAGAAAGCCGUCACGCUUUGGAAGAGUCGCGAAUAACAGAUCAGAAGAUUGGGCCAAAAAUUAAACUCUCUGACUCAACAUAAAACUCUCUGAUUUCAUUGUAAGUUUUCGAUUUAAAAAUUGAUGAAUUAGUCAUAACGAACACUUACCAUUCGAAACGUGGGAUUUCAAGGCUGUUUUCUUGCUAGAAUAGCACAAAGCACCGUCCUAAUUAAUAAUUAGUGCACAAAGAGUUCACAAAGCACUGUCCUAAUUAAUAAUUAUAACACUUCUCCGCAACAGUUUCACUCCCAAGGGUUUGUUGAUCAUGCGUACUACUUUGUUUUUCUUGAGACGAGACAAAAAUAAAAUGGCGACUGCCACGCGGAACGACGUGGUGGCAGCAGUCGAACUUGAAAUAAGUUGUCCCAUUUGUUUAGAGGACUUUGAAGAACCUAAGUGCCUUCCGAACUGCGCUCACAAUGUCUGUCAACAUUGCCUUGAGGGAAUGGUUCGGAAGAAAAAAGAUUUCAUCGAAUGUCCUGAGUGUCGCAUCGAGUCCGCUAUUCCUGAAGGCGGUAUUGCUGCUUUUCCAAAAAAUCACCUUCUUGUGCGCUUGAUCGAACGCACACCUGGACGGAAGGAGAAAGAAGCCAUCAAAGAAGCUCUUAAAACUUGUAAAGUUAAAUUAGAGGGUGCCGAGACUGCUCUGAAGGAAAUGGAGGAUCGCUAUGAUACUACUAGAAGCAAAGCGCAAGAAAUCAAACAGAAGAUAAAAUCGAUCGCCGAAAAUGUUAUCACAAAAGUACGUGAACACGAAAGCAGAAUACUCGAUGAAAUUGAUCAAAAAUUAAGUCAGAAUCGCAAUGAGGUAACCUUUGAAACUCAUAAAUCCAAUGUCACGGAGCUUUGCGAAAAUGCCACAAGCUGCAUCCAGACUAUUGAGGACAUAAUGCAGAAUGGUGAAGUAAGCGACCUGAAAGAUCUCAAAGACGCCCUGAUCGAAGAGUUAAAUGAAUUCUCAGAAUCUUUGGAAUCACGAAAGUUUUGGGCGAAUCGUGAGUUUACUCACCCAUUUGAUGUGUCACUGUCCAAUACUGAGUCAGUUGACAAGUUCCUUCGAGAUGACUGUUCGCUAGGCAAUCUGUCUAUAACCAUGGCUUCAGACGUAGAUCUGGAUUCUGCCACAGGGGGUGAAGAGAUUCCUGUAGUCUCUGUUUUCUCAGGUGCUUGUUUUGUCACACCUGUUGACGUGAGAAGUAUAGACUUUUCAAACUGUGGUACUUUGAUUCAGACAGUGGACAACUUAACUUGUGGAGUCCAAAACUUUAACCCCUUCUCAGUAGCAGUGGCCAGGAACUCAGGCCAUUUUGUAGCACUGGAUGAAGAACUGAAACAUGUGCAUAUCUUCAAUGAGGAAGGAGAGCAUUUAAAAAGAUUUCGCAUCAUGUAUGGUGACUUAUGGGACAUUGGAGUUUCAGACGACAAUGAGAUAGUUGUGUUAAAUCGGGAAAGCAAUCGACUUUUGCAUUAUGAUAUGAAUGGAAACUUUAAGAAAAAAUUUGUGACCCCUCCAAGACAAAAUGUGAAGUUUACAUCGAUAUCUGUUGACGUGCAUGGACGGUUUGUGAUCACCUCAGGUCCAUGCUAUGAAGAAACGCGAGAGGAUACUGAACCAUGCAUUCUAGUGUACCAUCAAUCAGGAAAACUGUCUAUGGUGUUUGGAGAUGAGAUUCUUUUAUCACCACAAAAAGCAGUAUUUCUCAAUGGUAAAUUUUUUGUGGCUGAUUCAGGGAUAGAGAGCUUAGUAGUGUUUGACAAGAGUGGAAACUUUGUGAAAGAGAUUGCCAAAGGUUGUUUGGAGCAUCCAUGCAGUGUUGCUGCUGAUUAUACCCAUGGAAAUCUUGUGGUUUGUGACCGAGGAAAUCCUGCAAUAUACAUUUACAGCCAAACUGGAGAAUUUCUUCAUUGCCUUCAAAUGGAGAAUAUCCCCUUGCAAGUUGCUUUUACCAAGAACUUUGAAAACCUUAUUAUUUGCUUUGAGGUUGAUUAUGGUAAGAAUAUACAGAUGUUGACAUAUUCAUAGAACAGAAUAUUUAAGAAAUCAUAUCGCUGCUAAUAUCUACAUGUGUAUAGUAAGUUAUGCUUUCCCACCAAUGAGUAAUCUAAGAGAAAUUUAGCCGGCACAGCAGGCAUGGUUUUAAUGAGCAAGUGCUCAGUAUUUUCUCUAUGAAAAUUAUGGCUGUCAUAUUUGAUUUUAAUGGAGGCAAAAGGAUGGGGAGAGAAAGAAAUUUGUACCAAGGUGAGCAGCAGUGAGAAAAUGGCCCGUUGAACAAACGAUUGCACACUGCUUAACAUUACCUAAUAAGAUGGCUGCACUGCAAGCGAAAGAAAAUUCCUCUCAAGUUAUCAGUAUAUUAUUAAGAAGCAGGGUGACAAGAAGAGAGGAAAACACUAAUUAGGGAUAAAUGUUUGAUUUAACACUAAUUAUUUUCUUAGCUAACAUUCCAGGGAAAAGUAUAUCCAACAGAGUGGAGAAUUGAGAUGUAGAUCUUGGGAGUGAAGUCGUUAAAAGUUAUAGCUGCUGUGGUUCAGUUCUGUUGAUUUAGAUCUUUAUUCAGCUGGUAUCUUUAUAUUAUUAUGAGCUGAAACAAAAGAGAAACAAUAUUAAUCUGGGUUUAACACCUUUAAAUCAGGAACAAAAUUUUACAAAAAAUAUAUGCCUUCCACGUUGAUGUUAUAUAGUUCAACUGAAAUGUGUAUUUGUUAAUAUGAUAUAAAGGAGUAUGUGUCAGAGAACACCAGUGAGUGGUGUUGUCUAAAUUUUAGCUUCAAAUCUUUCCACCUCAGAUAAUAAAACCUAGAGAAUAGGAAUUUAUG